AUGAAGUUCCAUUAUCGAUUAGUUUUCACUUCGGCCAUCAUCUUCUUGGCUCUGUUCUUCUUACUAUCUUCUCACUCCUAUAAUCUCGUUGAUAAACUGGUGCCGGAACACGCCUCAUUCGCAAAUAAUUUGCGCCAGACCGGAGACACUGCUUCUGCAUCUUUGAAUUGCACGUGGAAUACGACGUCGGGUAAUUUGUUUGAUAUGUUGAAACAGCUAGAUGAUGGCAGUAGCGGGAAUCCCAAGAAACAGGUACGGGUCCUCGUCCACGCACGGAUGCGAACAGGGUCGUCUGUCACCGGUGGACUUUUUAACGACUACCCAGAUUUUUUCUUCUUGUACGAGCCUGGUCAUAUGCUGGUUGAGCACAAAAAGAUGGAUCUUUAUGGGGACAACUUUAAAGAUUUAGAAAAGCUACGGCCGGAUUUGAUGAGUUUUUUAAACGACACCUACCACUGCAAUUUCAGUGGAAAGGAUUUUUAUUUGAAAAGUCUAAAACGGCACCGGUUUAUGCGAGAGAACAACCGAGCUUUGCGCGGAAUGAAACUUCCGAUUAAAGAAAAUGAUUUGAUUAAAGUGUGCGAAUCAAAAAGUCACAUCGCGGUAAAGACAGUUCGUCUCAAUAGCUUGAUUCUCGCCGAGUCAGUGCUACGGGAAAACGAAGUCCGUGUUGUUCACGUGGUGAGGGACCCGAGGGGAAUGAUGCCGUCACGUCGACACAUGCAGGGUAUGAGGACUAGCUCUGGGGUCACGUUUGAACCGAAACUCGAACGCGUCGUCAAAGACUAUUGCGAUUGGCUGGAACACAACCACGUGACAGAAAACACCGGUCCUGAUUGGCUCAGAAAACAGUACUUUUGUCUUAGGUACGAGGAUUUAGUGGAUCGACCUUUGACCUUUGUUCCCGAAUUAUUCAAAUUCGCCGGGUUACCGUUAAAUGAUGCGACAAUGUUGAGAAUCAAUUCCGAGGAAUGGUGGAGCAAUCACGGAGAGAGGUGGCGGGCUGACGUCACGAUGAAAGAGGUACUACGAAUUCAGGAAAUAUGCGGGGAGCAUAUUUUUUCGACGUUGGGAUAUAAAAUGGUGUAUAAUGAAGAAGACUUAACAAAUAUGAAUAAGAGUUUACUAAUGCCCUUUUGA